AUGAUUAAAAAUAUACUCAAUAGGCUUCCAAAGAAACAAGCUAAGAUAACAGAGAAUCGUGAAGGAGGAUCCUCUGCAUUCUCUUCAAAUGCUUUGAGUAAUUCGAGAAGCACUGCUGGUUCUCGGUUGGGCAAUUCAAAUGCUGCAUCUCUUUCGGGGUUGAAUUCAAAUUUUAAUUCUGGUCUAAAUCAUGGAAAUAAAAUUCCUGAUGCAGUAAGAGUCAACGGUAAUGCAGGAAUUGUACCGUAUGAGGCACUUCCUAGUUUUAGAGAUGUCCCAAAUUCAGAGAAGCAAACCUUGUUUAUCAAAAAGCUGAACUUGUGCUGUGUAGCGUUUGAUUUUACUGACCCGACAAAAAACUUGAAAGAGAAAGACAUCAAGCGGCAGACAUUGGUGGAGCUUGUUGACUACAUCACUUCUGCCAAUGGGAAAUUCACAGAAACUGUUAUGCAAGAGAUUGUAAGAAUGGUAACCAUAAAUUUGUUCAGGACACUUUCUACUCAGCCUCGUGAAAACAAAGUCUUAGAAGCCUUUGAUUUGGAAGAAGAGGAACCAUUGAUGGAUCCUGCCUGGCCCCAUUUGCAAAUUGUCUAUGAAUUCCUUCUCAGGUUUGUGGCUUCACCAGAGACAGAUGCAAAGCUGGCCAAGCGGUACAUUGAUCACUCCUUUGUUCUAAGGUUAUUAGAUCUUUUUGAUUCAGAAGAUCCCAGAGAAAGGGAGUACUUGAAAACAGUUCUGCACCGCAUCUAUGGAAAGUUCAUGGUGCACCGCCCUUUCAUUCGAAAAGCAAUCAAUAAUAUAUUCUACCGGUUCAUUUUUGAAACUGAGAAACACAAUGGAAUUGCAGAGCUGUUAGAAAUUUUAGGCAGUAUAAUAAAUGGAUUUGCACUGCCAUUGAAGGAAGAGCACAAACUUUUUCUUGUUCGAGCUCUCAUUCCGCUUCAUAAACCGAAAUGCAUACCCAUGUACCAUCAGCAGCUAUCUUAUUGCAUCACUCAAUUCGUGGAGAAGGACUGCAAACUUGCUGAUACUGUUAUUAGGGGCCUAUUGAAAUAUUGGCCAAUCACUAACAGUUCAAAGGAGGUUAUGUUCUUAGGUGAACUUGAGGAAGUCUUAGAAGCAACUCAGCCUCCAGAGUUCCAGCGGUGUAUGGUUCCAUUGUUCCGCCAGAUUGGGCAUUGCCUGAGCAGUUCACAUUUCCAGGUGGCAGAGAGGGCGUUGUUUUUAUGGAACAACGAUCAUAUCGAGAACCUUAUCAAACAAAACCGUAAAGUUAUACUGCCAAUUAUCUUUCCUUCCUUGGAGAAGAACGUGACAAACCACUGGAACCAGGCCGUGCGAAGCUUGACGCUAAAUGUCCGGAAAAUCUUCUCUGAUGUCGAUCCUGAGCUCUUUGAGGAGUGUUUGCUCAAGUUCCAAGAAGAUGAAGCAAGAGAAAAAGAAAUGGAGACUAAGCGUGAAGCAACAUGGAGGCGCUUGGAAGAAAUUGCUGCAAUGAAAGCUGCUAGCAACGAACCAGUGCUCGUCCCUAGCAAAUUCAAAGCCAACACAUCAUCUGGUCAAAAACUAUGA